CCAGGCCCUUGCAACCUCAGUGGUUCUCAAAGUGUGAGGCUGAUCUUCCUGGUAAUCACACAGCGAACUCAAGGAUGUGAAGUGCAACUGAAUUCAAACGAAGGCUGGAGCAUGGGGUGAUGAAGACUCUCCUCUGCUGAUCUCCAUGCAGAUGACCAGUGAUGGCCACAGCACCACCUCUACAUGUUUUGGAUGACAGACUAAACACUGGAAAUCAACAAGGGCAGCAGCAGGAGUUCCUGAGCUCACUGGAGAAGGUUCUUCUCACCAUCUUUCUGUCCAUCAUCAUCAUCAUGACGGUGUUUGGGAACCUGCUGGUCAUGGUGGCGCUCUGCAGGGACAGAAAUCUUCGGAAGAAGAAGACCAACUACUUCAUUGUGUCACUGGCGUUUGCCGACUUGCUUGUUGCGGUGGUGGUGAUGCCAUUUGCGGCGAUCGAACUGACGACUGGCCAGUGGAGGUACGGUGAGAUUUUCUGCCUGGUGCGAACAUCUCUGGACGUCCUGCUAACUACGGCAUCCAUCCUGCACCUCUGCUGUAUCGCGCUGGACAGGUAUUAUGCUAUCUGCUGCCAGCCGCUGGUCUACAGACACAAGAUGACCCCAGUCAGAGUUGCUGGGAUGCUCGGUGGCUGCUGGAUUAUCCCCACUUUCAUCUCCUUCCUACCCAUCAUGCAAAGCUGGAACGAAAUUGGCAUUGAGGAUAUUAUUGAAGAGAGACGCGCAAUGGCAGGAGGCUCCAACGACACGAGCUGUGUGUUUCUAGUGAAUCGGCCGUAUGCGCUUAUCUGCUCAGCAGUGGCCUUCUACAUCCCAUUGGCUCUCAUGGUUCUGGCCUAUCAACGUAUCUACGUCACCGCUAUGGCACACGUACGGCAGAUCGAGACGCUGCAGCGCGCUGGGUGUGCUCCUGUCACCGGGUCAGCUGUAGUCAACACCAUUAGAUCCUCCACUACCUCAGAUCCAGAACAUUUCCAUCUCAGGUCGACGACGGGUUCGUCCAACUCUGAGCAUGCUCCGAUAGUGACGAGUCGCAUGCGCAUUGAGACGAAAGCGGCAAAAACACUGGCGGUUAUAAUGGGGUGUUUCUGCCUGUGCUGGGCACCAUUCUUCAUCACCAACGUGGUGGAUCCCUUUAUCCACUAUUCCGUGCCCUGGCAGCUGUGGACAGCCUGGCUCUGGCUCGGGUACAUUAACUCGGGGCUAAACCCCGUCCUGUAUGCCUUCCUGAACCGAGCGUUUCGGAGGGCAUUUCUGAUGAUCCUCUGCUGUGAGGAUGAACGCUACGCUCGGCAUGGGAGCUGUACAUAUGGCUACACCCACAGGGAGUGUACAGUGGCGUCGUUCAACGGCACGUCUAUUGCACCAAGAUUGUCUUUUUUGCCUAAUAGGAGCUACAGCGACAAUGGACGCACAAUACUGGCCAAUGAACAGGAGUCCCAGGACUCCCUUGGACCGCUAUGAGAGGAGGUUUGUUUCAGAAGGCACGCAGGUGGCAUCAUCUUGGUGAAGACCAUGACGGCGUUUCACCACGUGAGCG